AUGGCAGGAGACAAUGUUUCCUUUGUGGUGGAAUUCAUUCUCUUGGGAUUUUAUGACCUUCCAAAUCUCCAAGGAUUUCUCUUUGGAAUUUUUUUAGUCAUCUUCAUGUAUAUACUGAUAGGAAAUGGUCUCAUCGUUGUCAUAAUCAAAGUUAAUCCGGCUCUACAAACUCCCAUGUACUUUUUCCUUGGAAAUUUUUCUUUCUUAGAAAUCUGCUACACAUCAACCAUUCUCCCCAGAAUGUUAUCAGACCUUUGGACACAGAAGAGACACAUUUCAAUGCUGGCCUGUGCUGUACAGCUUUGUUUCUUUGAUAUUUUGGUUGCCACUGAAUGCUUACUCUUGGCUAUAAUGGCCUAUGACAGAUAUGUAGCCAUCUGUAAGCCUCUCUAUUAUCCAAUCAUCAUGAACAACAGGAUGUGCAACAUAAUGAUACUUGUCUCUUUCAUGAUUGUGACCCCAGUCAUGAUAGGAGAGACAUACCAGAUAUUCUCUCUGCCCUUUUGUGGUCCAAAUGAACUCAAUCAUUUAUUCUGUGAUAUGUCACCAUUACUGAAGUUGGCCUGUGCAGACAAUUCAGUGAAUGAAUUUUAUCCUCAUGUUGAUUCUGUAGUUUUUGGUUUUCUUCCCUUUUUGUUGAUACUUAUUUCCUACAUCAGAAUCAUUACUACAAUCUUGAAGAUGCCCUCAAUGGGAAGACAAAAAGCUUUCUCUACAUGUUCUUCUCAUCUUAUAGCUGUGUGCUUAUUUUAUGGGUCUGGUAUUAUUACGCAUUUACAACCCAAGUCAAACCACUCAGCUGAAAAUGACAAAGUGCUUUCUCUUUUGUACAUCAUUGUGACACCAACAUUUAAUCCCAUGAUAUACAGCUUAAGGAACAAGGAUGUUAUUACUUCUCUGAAGAAGAUCAUAACAAAGGGAUUGCUUUCAAUAAAGAAGUAA